AUGAACACAGCAGGCGCAGUCGUGCUCGCCAUCGUCCUGCUGCUGAUAGUGGCAGGCGCCGCGUGGGUCAUCUUCACACGCGUGCGCGCUUCCAGAUUGGGGCUACCGCCGCCGCCGCUGAAAUCCUACAUCCCCUUCCUGGGCUCCUCCUCCUCCUUCUCCAGCUCCGCCGCCUACGGCACCCCGACCCCGGCGCCGGGCGGCCUCGUCGGCUGGAUCAACGACCGCAUCCGCCUCAUGCGCUACGGCCGCAACACCCGCACCGCGGCCGGCGCCUACGAGGGCGCCGGCUCGUCGUCGUCCUACAACGCCGGCUACGCGAGCACCACCACCACCACCACCACCACCCGCGGGUUCGAGCACCUCGACCCCGACGACGCCUGGGACUCGCGCGUGGGCGGGUAUAACCCGUACGAGGAGGAGCGCGAGCUGGGGCUGGUGGGCUCGCAUCAUCCGCCCGUCGCCGCCGCUGCCGCUGGUGGUGGGCAACUUGGGCGCGACGAGAGGCCCGAUGGGGAAGGGUACCAGAUGAAUCUGCCGAUUGAGCCGGAGGAGGAGGAGGAGGAGAGGAGGGGUCGCACGCGCAGUCGGUCGCCGGCGCCUGCGGCUGCGCCUACGCAGAGGGGCAAGGCGAAUAAUCCGUUUGACGACGACGCAGAGCCGAGUAACCUCAGCUUGCGCGGGGUCAGUCCGCGGCCGAUGGACGGUGGUGGGCGUGCGUCGUUUGCGGCGAGGAAGGCGGCGGAUGGAGACCAUGAUAGGAGGUCGAUAUUCCGGGAGGAUGUGUGA